CUUUUUUUUUCCCCCCUCUUUUUUUCCCCCCUUCCGAGGUGGUGUUGGAAGAAAAAAAAAAAGAGGGGGGGGGGUGUUGUUCGGAUUUAAAAAUAAAUUUUCGGGGCGGCCAUUUUCGCUCCUCGUUCUCGCGGGGAACGUUGUCCCGGGCGGCCCCCGACGAGUUUUUUUUUGAGGGGAUUUUAACCAUUUUUGGGGGUUUUUUAUUCCCCCCCCCCCCCUUCUUUCCCACCGUACAAGCCGUUGUUUCUCUCACCGGCGGGGCCCCACCGGGCCCAACCCGGGGGGGGUCGCCCCGUCCCGGCUGCCGCUCCCCCCCCCCCGGGGUGGGUUGGGGGAGGUGGGAGAACGCGGAGGGUCCCCCCCGUCCCCGUCCCCCCCCCCCCCCCGCCGCCUCCCUCCGCCUCCCGCCCUCCUCACUCCCGUCUCCCUCCUACCCCCCUCAGCCCCGCCAUGGCUUCCCCUCUGAGGGAGGACGAGGAAGAGGAGGAGGAGAUGGUGGUGUCUGAGGCGGAGGGUGAUGAAGACGACGAGGAGGAAGAAGACGACGAAGACGAAGAGGAAGACGCUCCUCUCCUCACCGUUACCGGAGGACACCGAGGACCCGACGACAUCUUUCCCCCGCCGCCUCCCGCCCCGCCGCCGCCGCCGCCGCCGCCGCCCCCCCCCGCUCCCGCUCCCGCCGCCGCGGGGCCGCCUGAGGCGCCGGCAGACGGUGACGACGAGCUGCUGCGGGGCCUCGAGGGCGCCUUGGGGGUGAAGAAGAAGAAACGGGGCCCCCGGAAGCAGAAGGAAAAUAAACCCGGAAAACCACGGAAACGGAAAAAACUGGUGAGCGAGGAUGAGCUGGAGUCGGAGCGGGAGGAAUACCAGCGGGAAGAGUACCGGGAAAAGUUGGAGAGCGGCGGCAGCGACUCCGGGGGGGCAGCCAGGAAACGGCGGCGGAAGCACCGCGAGAAAAAGGAGAAAAAGACAAAGAGACGGAAAAAGGCCGAUGAGGAGGGGGGGCAGAAGGUGAAGGCGGUGGAGCAGAAGUCCUCGGCGCAGCUGCUGGGGGCCUGGGGGCUGGAGGACGUGGACCAUGUCUUCACCGAGGAGGACUAUCACACCCUCACCAACUACAAAGCCUUCAGCCAGUUCAUGAGGCCCCUGAUCGCCAAGAAGAACCCCAAAAUCCCCAUGUCGAAGAUGAUGACCAUCCUGGGGGCCAAAUGGAGAGAGUUCAGCGCCAACAACCCCUUCAAAGGCUCCGCUGCCGCCGUGGCCGCCGCCGCCGCCGCCGCCGCCGCUGCCGUAGCCGAGCAGGUGUCGGCUGCUGUGGCCGCCGUGGCCCCCGAGGCGCCACCCCCACCCCUGCGCAAGGCCAAGACCAAGGAAGGCAAAGGUCCUGGCCACAAGAAGCGCAGCAAGAGCCCGCGGGUGCCGGAGCUGAAGAGGAAGAUGAAGGGGAGGAAGAUGGCGCCGCUGAAGAUCAAGCUGGGCGUCCUGGGCGGCAAGCGCAAGAAGAGCAGCUCGAGCGAGGACGCAGGGGAGGCGGAGGAGGAGUCCGAUGCCGAGAGCCCUGGGGUGCUGGGUGCCACCGCCCGCCCCGACCCCACCACCCGCCUCAAGAAGCUCAAGCGGGGACGUCCCGGCCGCAAGAAGAAGAAGGCCCCCUGCGCCGGCCUCAGCCGGGAGCGCGGCCCCGUGGGGACGGGCACGGCGCCCGCGCACGGGCCAGGGCCAGAGGAGGAGGGGGAUGGCUACGAGACGGACCACCAGGACUACUGCGAGGUGUGCCAGCAGGGCGGGGAGAUCAUCCUCUGCGACACCUGCCCCCGCGCCUACCACCUCGUCUGCCUCGACCCCGAGCUCGACCGCGCGCCCGAGGGACGCUGGAGCUGCCCCCACUGCGAGAAGGAGGGGGUGCAGUGGGAAGCGAAGGAGGAGGAGGAGGAGGAGGAAGAGGAGGAGGAAGAAGGGGAGAAGGAGGAGGAGGACGACCACAUGGAGUACUGCCGGGUGUGCAAGGACGGCGGGGAGCUGCUCUGCUGCGACGCCUGCGUCUCCUCCUACCACAUCCACUGCCUCAACCCACCCCUGCCCGAGGUCCCCAACGGCGAGUGGCUCUGUCCCCGCUGCACGUGCCCGGUGCUGAAGGGGCGGGUGCAGAAGAUCCUGUACUGGCGGUGGGGGGAGCCACCCCCCCCCGUGGCCGCCCCCCCCGGGGCCCCCCCCGACGGGCCCCCCCCAGCGCUGCAGGGCCGCUCCGAGCGCGAGUUCUUCGUCAAGUGGGUCGGGCUCUCCUACUGGCACUGCUCCUGGAUCAAGGAGCUGCAGCUGGAGAUCUUCCACCUGGUGAUGUACCGCAACUACCAGCGCAAGAACGACAUGGACGAGCCGCCCCCCCUCGACUACGGCUCGGGGGACGACGACCCCAAGAGCGAGAAACGGGGGGCUGGGGGGGACCCCCUUUUCGGGGGGAUGGAAGAACGCUUCUACCGCUACGGCAUCAAACCCGAGUGGAUGACAGUGCAUCGCAUCAUCAACCACAGCGUGGACCGGAAGGGGCAGUACCACUACCUGGUGAAGUGGCGGGACCUGCCGUACGACCAGGCCACCUGGGAGGAGGAUGAGAUGCCCAUCCCCGACUACGACCUCCACAAGCUGGCCUACUGGAAGCACCGGGAGGUGUUCAUGGGGGAGGACCCGGCCCAGCCCCGGCGCUACAAGAAGAAGAAGAAAGAGACGCCGGGGGAGGGCCCCCCCGACUCACCUACCAAUGACCCAACGGUGAAGUACGAGACGCAGCCGCGGUUCAUCACGGCGACGGGCGGCACCCUGCACCUCUACCAGCUGGAGGGGCUGAACUGGCUGCGGUUCUCCUGGGCCCAGAGCACCGACACCAUCCUGGCCGACGAGAUGGGGCUGGGCAAGACCAUCCAGACCAUCGUCUUCCUCUACUCCCUCUAUAAGGAGGGCCACACCAAGGGCCCGUUCCUCGUCAGCGCCCCGCUCUCCACCAUCAUCAACUGGGAGCGGGAGUUCCAGAUGUGGGCCCCCGCCUUCUACGUCGUCACCUACACCGGGGACAAGGACAGCCGGGCCAUCAUCCGCGAGAACGAGUUCUCCUUCGAUGACAACGCCAUGAAGGGGGGCAAGAAGGCCUUCAAGAUGAAGCGGGAGGCGCAGGUGAAGUUCCACGUGCUGCUGACGUCCUACGAGCUGAUCACCAUCGACCAGGCGGCGCUGGGCUCCAUCCGCUGGGCCUGUCUGGUGGUGGACGAGGCCCAUCGCCUCAAGAACAACCAGUCCAAGUUCUUUCGGGUGCUGAACGGGUACAAGAUCGAGCACAAGCUGCUGCUGACGGGGACCCCGCUGCAGAACAACCUGGAGGAGCUCUUCCACCUCCUCAACUUCCUCACCCCCGAGCGCUUCAAUAACCUGGAGGGCUUCCUGGAGGAGUUUGCCGACAUCUCCAAGGAGGACCAGAUCAAGAAGCUCCACGACCUGCUGGGUCCCCACAUGCUGCGGCGCCUCAAGGCCGACGUCUUCAAGAACAUGCCGGCCAAAACCGAGCUCAUCGUCCGCGUGGAGCUGAGCCCCAUGCAGAAGAAGUACUACAAGUACAUCCUGACGCGCAACUUCGAGGCGUUGAACUCGCGGGGCGGCGGGAACCAGGUGUCGUUGCUCAACAUCAUGAUGGACCUGAAGAAGUGCUGCAACCACCCCUACCUCUUCCCCGUCGCUGCCAUGGAGUCCCCGAAGCUGCCGAGCGGCGCCUACGAGGGGGGGGCCCUGAUCAAGGCCUCGGGGAAGCUGCUGCUGCUGCAGAAGAUGCUGCGGAAGCUGAAGGAGCAAAACCACCGGGUGCUCAUCUUCUCCCAGAUGACGAAGAUGCUGGACCUGCUGGAGGAUUUCCUGGACUACGAGGGCUACAAGUAUGAGCGCAUCGACGGGGGCAUCACGGGGGCCCUGCGCCAGGAGGCCAUUGACCGCUUCAACGCGCCGGGGGCGCAGCAGUUCUGCUUCCUGCUGUCGACGCGGGCCGGGGGCCUCGGCAUCAACCUGGCCACCGCCGACACCGUCGUCAUCUUCGACUCCGACUGGAACCCCCACAACGACAUCCAGGCCUUCAGCCGGGCGCACCGCAUCGGCCAGGCCAACAAGGUGAUGAUCUACCGGUUUGUCACGCGCGCGUCGGUGGAGGAACGCAUCACGCAGGUGGCCAAGCGCAAGAUGAUGCUGACGCACUUGGUGGUGCGCCCGGGGCUGGGCUCCAAGGCCGGCUCCAUGUCCAAGCAGGAGCUUGAUGACAUCCUGAAGUUUGGCACCGAGGAGCUCUUCAAGGACGAGAACGAGGGGGAGAACAAGGAGGAGGACAGUAGCGUCAUCCACUACGACAACGAGGCCAUCGCCCGCCUGCUCGACCGCAACCAGGACGCCACCGACGAUGCCGACGUGCAGAACAUGAACGAGUACCUCAGCUCCUUCAAGGUGGCCCAGUACGUCGUGCGUGAGGAGGACAAGAUCGAGGAGAUCGAGCGGGAGAUCAUCAAGCAGGAGGAGAACGUCGACCCCGACUACUGGGAGAAGCUGCUGCGACACCACUACGAGCAGCAGCAGGAGGACCUGGCGCGCAACCUGGGCAAGGGCAAGCGGGUGCGCAAGCAGGUCAACUACAACGAUGCCGCCCAGGAGGACCAAGACAACCAGUCCGAGUACUCGGUGGGCUCCGAGGAGGAGGACGAGGACUUUGACGAGCGGCCGGAGGGCCGGCGUCAGUCCAAGCGGCAGCUGCGGAACGAGAAGGACAAGCCCCUGCCCCCGCUGCUGGCCCGGGUGGGCGGCAACAUCGAGGUGCUGGGUUUCAACACGCGGCAGCGCAAAGCCUUCCUGAACGCGGUGAUGCGGUGGGGGAUGCCCCCCCAGGACGCCUUCACCUCCCAGUGGCUCGUCCGCGACCUGCGCGGCAAGACCGAGAAGGAGUUCAAGGCCUACGUGUCCCUGUUCAUGCGUCACCUCUGCGAGCCGGGGGCCGACGGCUCCGAGACCUUCGCGGACGGGGUCCCCCGGGAGGGGCUCUCGCGGCAGCAGGUGCUGACCCGCAUCGGCGUCAUGUCCCUCGUCAAGAAGAAGGUGCAGGAGUUCGAGCACAUCAACGGGCGCUGGAGCCUGCCCGAGCUGGCCCCGGAGCCCAGCGCCGACUCCAAGCGCUCGUCCCGCGCCUCCUCCCCCGCCAAGACCUGUCCCCCCAGCCCCGAGCAGAGCGGCCCCCCGAGCCCCGGCCCCCCCACGCCCGCCACGCCGGCGCCCAGCGAGCGCGGGGACGGACCGGGGCCACCCCCGGACAGGGACGACGGUGACACCAGGGACGAGAAGGAGCCCAAAGGCCCUGAGAAGAUGGAGACGGAGCCUCUUGUCCCCGAGGUGCCACCGUCCCCAGGCGAUGGCAGCGAGGCCGAAGGGCCACGGAAGGGGGAGGAGGAGGAUGGACCCGGCCAGCGAGAGCCCGAGGCCGAAGGGCCCCCGGCCCGCGAGGAGCGAGCGGGCACCGAGGCCGAAAAGGGUGACGAGAAACCCCCCGAGGAGGAGCCCAAGGAGCGACUGGGGGACCCUGACCCCAAACGAGAGGAGGUAAAGGCUGAGAAGGAACCCAAGCUGGAGGCGCGCGCCAACGGCCGGCGGGACGACAAGGCCGAGAAGCCGCGCUUCAUGUUCAACAUCGCCGACGGCGGCUUCACGGAGCUGCACACGCUGUGGCAGAACGAGGAGCGCGCCGCCAUCUCCUCGGGGAAGCUCAACGAGAUCUGGCACCGGCGCCACGACUACUGGCUGCUGGCCGGCAUCGUCCUCCACGGCUACGCACGCUGGACGGACAUCCAGAACGACGGCGCCUUCGGGGUCAUCAACGAACCCUUCAAGGGCGAAGCCUCCAAGGGGAACUUCCUCGAGAUGAAGAACAAGUUCCUCGCACGCCGCUUCAAGCUGCUGGAGCAGGCGCUGGUGAUCGAGGAGCAGCUCCGUCGCGCCGCCUACCUGAACAUGACGCAGGACCCCAGCCACCCCGCCAUGGCCCUCAACACCCGCUUCGCCGAGGUCGAGUGCCUGGCCGAGAGCCACCAGCACUUGUCCAAGGAGUCGCUGGCGGGCAACAAGCCCGCGAACGCCGUCCUGCACAAGGUGCUGAACCAGCUGGAGGAGCUGCUGAGCGACAUGAAGGCCGACGUCACCCGCCUCCCCGCCACCCUGUCCGCAUCCCCCAUCGCCGCCCGCCUCAGAUGUCGGAGCGCAGCAUCCUCAGCCGCCUGGCCAGCAAGGGCACCGAGAGCCACCCCCGCCCGUAAGUCACAGCCACCCGCCCCGGGGACGACCUUCCCGCCGGGGCCCUACGCCACCCCCCAGAGCUACGGGGGCACCUUUGGGACCCCCCCGGCCGGAGCCCUCCCCCCCGGAGGGGCCAACUACAGCCAGAUGCCGCCCGGAUCCUUCAUCACUGCCGCCGCCAACGGCCCCCCGGUGCUGGUGAAACGGGAGCGCGAGGCCGAAGGGCCGGAGAAGAAGGAGCCGCGCGGGGGCGAGGUCAUCUGCAUCGACGACUGAGGGGGGGGCUGUGGGGGGCCCCCCCCAUCCCCGCUGCCCCACCCCGGGGGGGGGGGGUGUGCGUGUGUGCGUGUCAGCCCCCACACACCCUCCCCCCGCCCCCCCCAAGCUGGAGGUGGGGGAGGGGAAGGGGGGCCCCCCCGCACACUGCCAGAAAUGCCUCGUUUCACCCUAAAUCCGGUGCGGGGGGGGGGGGGUGGGGCAGCACCCAAGGGUGGGGGCGUGCGGGGGGGGUGACGAGGACCACUGCGACUAUAAAUAUGAAUAUAAAUAUAUAUAUCCCCGGUGGCGGGGGGGGGCCCCGGGGUUCCCCCCCCUGGUGCCCCCUGGGCCCCCCCUCCCACCCCACCCCCCCCCGGGGCUCGGGCACUUGUUUAACCGCCGCAGAAUAAAACCCGGUUCCUUGGCUACGGCACCCGGCUCCGCGCGUCCCUCGGCGUCACCGGCACCCGCGGGGACCAUCGGCCGCGGUCACGGCCACCGGCCGGUCGUGUCACCACGGGGACGGCCACCGCGCCCCCCACCCCCACCCCACCGGCAGCCUGUGGCCCUCGGUGGCCGUCACAGCCGUGGGGGUGGCCACGGGGCA